AUGGCGACCAAGCAAAGACUGACGCUCGCCUCCAUGUGGGCUUUCGAAGCUAUCGGGGUACUUGUGACCAAAGGCAAUGUUGAGAGCUUCGUCUCAAAGGUUGCAUCUGCAUUUGCCGGCUUUAUCGAAGAGCAGAAAGACAAAGAUCUCCUAGACAUGCCACGAGUGCGUCAACUGGAUGUUCCUGCAAUGCUUUCUGACGAGGGUCUCCCGGCCAUGAGCUCACCUGAGAAGCAUCAAGGGCCGAGUCUGUUAGCUCUGGACGAUGAUUCCGACGAAGAUAUUGUUCCUUACUCGAGAAAUCAUGCCACCAAGUUCUGGAAAUCUCCUAACGGGGGUUUGGGUUGCUUUUCCAGCAACUUCCAUGAUGUCCUAGCAGGUGUUGCCAUUGCCACGGGCACCCAAAUCGCAAUAGCGGAUGAAUUACAAGGCAUACGGGUUUCCGGGACCGCCGAGGAUGUGGACGAUGCUCUGAUGAAACUGACUCAAAUUGAGAAGCCCUUGUCCUUCUCUCUCGCUCCCGACGUCACAAACAUCAUGGUUGUCCCGCACAAGGGCGAUAGCCGCUUCCGUAUCCAGAACUACAGGAGUGUGAAUCCUGAUGCUCCCCGUCGUGUUCUGGAGGAUCCAAAAAUGUGUUCCACCAUUGACUUUGGUCGGAUGUGCGUCACCGUGGGUCUGUCCUUCAGCAAUGAUUCUCAAGUGUGGACUAUACCCGAUAAUCGACUCAAUCCACCACCCAUCAGCGAGGAAGCUGGGCCUUCUCGCAUCUGGAAUGAUUUUACCUUCCAGGAGAUUGGGAAGGCGGACGAGUUUGUUGACAUCGAAUCGAUAAUCGAGAAUGACCCCUCAAACCCUCAGACCUUGAUCUCUGGCAUUGCACCUCCCCAUCCUUUCCUCACUGCAGACAAGGCCAAGCAAGUCAACCAGUGGGUUGUGGAAAGGGCUGAGAUGCAGCCAACCGAUCAUGGACCCGAACCUGAGCCUGAGUUUGAGCUUGAGUCUGAUUUCGAGCCCCAGCCCGAAUGUGAGAGCCGCGACGUUCACCGGCCUAAACCGAAGCGCGAAACAGCAAUUGCCCCUCAAAGCAAAAGACCACCUGGAAUGAAGACACGAAAGGCCGCAACAACGGCCAAAUUUGCGGCGCCAUCCGAGCAACCUCAGGCAAAUGAGGCCAAGCCUGUGGCUAUCGAUCUCAAGGAGGCUACUGCCACCCCCCGUAAGCGUUGGACUAUGCUGUACAGUUCCGGCGUCGAGGAUACAAGCCCGGGUGACAGUGACGCGCUUAACUCUGAAAGUUCUAAUUUGAACGAUAUUCUCGAGCUUCCUGGCGAUUUGCUGGAAUUCGCGAAGCCCCAAACUCCGGAAAAUAAAGUACGCCUUCCCGACAAUUUCGACGCUGGCAAGUAUGGUCUCAACCAGUCUCUACGCCAACCCCCUAAAAAGAAAAAGCAUAGUCCAAGCUUCAAGAGGAUUAUGCAUGUCAAGUCAAAGAAGAAUUCAAGCAACCUUAACGAGCUUAUCUACGUCUUUGAGCCGGCAGAUAAUGCUGUCGUUGGCACUCUCUCUCGAAUCCCGUUCAAUCAGCCUCCAUUAAUUCCCGACAGCCCGGUCAAUGCGUUUACCUCGAACACCCGAAAUAUGUGCUUGCAGGAGAUGUCUGACGCGAAUUCCAAGAACACCAAGAUUGGACUUCCAAGCUGCAGGAUGGACGUCCAUAGCAUUCCUUCUGGCUCCGGCAGCACCGAAUCUGCUUUUGGCCGUGCAGCAGCAGGUGACGAAACCCACCAGGAGCAGGAAAACAGACUAUCAUUUCUGAAAAAGUUCCUUCAAGAGCGGACAGACAAGAUACCCUAUCCCGGCGGUCAUGGUCAAACACACACCUCCAGGUAUGAAUUCAACAAGCUGCUGGUGAAGGAAAGCCUGGCAAAGCUUGAAACAGUCCAUCGAGACCAAGAUAGACAAGGGUCCGACGAAACAAGCACCAGAGAGUUCUAUCGUACCAUGAAUCACAAGACGGCAAAGCCGACAAAUAGAGCUAAGAGCAAAUCUGAGAUUAAAGCGAAAAGACAGGCCACGCUUGAGGAUGCUUGGGGAUUCUUCAAAAAGCCAGUGAAGAAACCCUCGGCAGAUGCGCAGACUUUGACACCAAUGCGGAAAAGUACCCAGAAGAACGAAAGAGAGACCGUCGAUAUGGCUGGGAGCAGAACGAACGAGCUGGCUGCAGAGUCAGCAGAAAAUAGCAUGACCAGAGAUGUUGAGAAUUUAUUUGAAGCCUUGAGGCAAACAUUGGAAGCUGCUGAAUACUUUCACGGAUCUCUGAACUUGGAAGUCCAGCUCGGACUGAUACUGAUACCGCUUCUGCCAAAGACUUGUAGUGAAGACUCGACCGUCUCUUUGACCGAAUGGACGGAUAUCUUCCAGUCACAAACCGGCAUUCCCUCUCCGACAACCAAAUUUAUUAGCCGACUUACGAGCUCUGGCAUUGAUAUUGAUUAUCUGGUUGAUCUGAAGACAUCCGCACCUGAAGGGAAAAGGCGCAUUUUUGAGCAGAACUACAGCGAAUACAGCGUGUUCUACGAGUUCCACUGUCGCACUCGGACCGGUCAGAUGCGUGUCCUAUCUGUGGAUGAGCAAGGAAAAUUCAACAUCGAAAAGCCCAACGUUGCGCUUGGUGCUGUCAAUUUGCACUUUCCACGGCAAGUCUGGGAUGCAAGUGUCGUUCUUAGUGGUACCCCAAACGAUGCAGCUGUUGACCGAGAGUUUGAGGGGGCGGCGAAGUACCUCAUUGAGCACCUGUGGGUUCAACCAGAUACCUCACUUGUUCAGAUCUUCACACGGCUACCUCCAGGCGACAAGAUCACAAUUGAGAAGGUAUACAUGAAACGUUGGACGCGUCAUCGCUUCAUCCGUCCACCGAAGAGUAUCAUUGCUGCCAAGCAGGCCAGUCAUACCAGGAGCAACAUUGCUACGACAGCGGAGUCUGACUUGAAUAGCGAUUCCACAGACAAGUCAUCCGCGGAAAACGAAGCAGAGGCUACGCAGAAUCAGGAUAUCUUUCUUCAAGUCAUGGAAGUGCAAGAUCUUUGUAUUGGAUCCAGUUCGUCCGACGUUCGGGCGGUGACAGCCUGCUGUGCUUCGCUGCCGGAAAUGACAGAAAACGGCCGCCAAUGGUAUGAAGCGUCUCUUGUAAGCUCGGCUAUUGAAGCCAUUCUGGGUACGAAUGCAAAUCUUGAAAUUGGAGAACGAACUGACGAAUGGCGGAGCUCUGACCUGCUGGGAAGAGACGCCACCCUUCUUCAUGGGAAUGCCGGUGAGACCUAUGGUCCGAAUACGGCGCUCAGCCCUGUGGCCAAGGCCAUUGGCAUUACUGGCCUCGGAGAUCUUCUGCGGUUGACAAAAACUGUUGUCGAGGAAAUGGACGGUGUCGGAUUCUGGAACCACGGUUGGGACCAUGAUUCAGUCCGGGCGCCGUCGAUUGCCGGCUCGGUUGGCUCUCUAGAUCAGACGGUCCGACUUGAGCCCAGAAGCUUGGAAUUCGAUGAUUUCGAAAGCAUCAAGGAGUUCGGAAGCGUCAUGGUCAGUACAAUGACUAAGAAGUCUUCCUGUGGGUCUUCCGUGAAAGACAAGGAGCAACUCGAGAUUGACUAUUGGUAAUUGCUGGUGCUGCUACUUCCGUGAGGCUUGACCAUCGUUGUUCUGGGUCAUUCUACAAGAUAGCGAUGAUUGAAAAUGAGGCCCCUGGGAAUGAGGAAGACUAUUGACAAGAGACCUAGAGAAGGGACAACUGACUAUAACCAGAAGACGAAACAACAGUAUGAGAGAAGGAUAUGGAAACGAACCGCAGAUAGGCGCUUAGCAAUAUUCUUUUUUCUACAACAGAGCAUGAUGCAAUU